AUGCUGGUGUCUCGAUUGGGCUAUGGCGGGCGAGCUCUCCUCUCCAAAUGCCGGCGCCUGGCGCAGGGUAAGCGCAAUAUCCACAACAUCGACUCCUCCGACGACGAUCGCGGCGGCGAUCACACAGGCUUCACAGAGGACGAGGAGGAGGAAGCGCAGGAACAGGAAGAACAAGGGCGUAGGGUAGUGAUCGUGUGGGAUAUUACGACGAGCAAGCCGCCGGUGUCGAUGGAUCCACAAGUAGCGGCGCUCCGGGUCAGGGAUCUCGCCGACGCAUUCGGCUUCGUGGUGGAUCGAUCGGCCUACGCGGAGCCCCGGAUUCCAGUGACCGAUGCCCGGCCCAGGACGUAUUACGAGGAGAAACUCAUGGCAUCGCAGCUCAAGCCGGUGUGGUACCAGGACGUCCCCCAUCAGAGCGCCGAGGACUACGUCUACAAGUGUGGCUACUGCGGGAGAACGCUAAGCAGCCACCACUCGCUCUACAAGCACUUUAAGCAGAUCCACGCCCCGGAGAGGGCCAAGCGCGUCCACAAGCUCAACCGGAUCCAUCGCGGGCAGCGGCGGGACGAGUACGCUCUGGCGAUGGCGGACAAGGAGCAGCGAUACCGCGCGGCGCUCCGAGAGAUCGUCAUGCCCAAGCUGGUCGUCAGCGAUGAGCUUUGCAGCGCGCUCACGAGGGCGGGAUUUCUCGUCCGGCUGGUGACCGAGAAGCCACUUCGCCAUCUCUUCCUCACCGCCCAGGAGUCGGCCGUGAUCAACCAUCUCUGGCAGGCGGCCUGGCUCAACGUUGCGUGCAUCGUGCUGGUGAGCGAUUCGUGCCGGUUCGGGGAUUUCAUCCGGCUGGCCAGGGAGCAGCGCGGGGUGAAGUUCGUGGGGAUCAGCGAUGGAUUGAGCGAGUUCCGGAUGGGUGUGGAUUUGUUUAUCAGCUGGGAGGAGAUUGAGCGCGGGCGGGGGUAUGUGUGGGCGACCGAGGCUGCGCGGGCUUGGUUCUCGGGGCCUCGCUUGUUCGCGAAGAGAUCGACGCUGCGAAAGAGGCAAAAGUAUGGUGGCGGUGGCGAGUUUGAUCCCUUUCGCGAGUGA